AUCUCUUCUUCUUAUCGUCAUUCCUCUGUACCACUAUUGACUUUUUCGUCGUUUUCAUAUCUAUUCCACACUGUACCUUUCCCCUAGCAGUAGCGGUGAAAUCAAAACAACUUCUUUUCUUCUUCUUCUCUCUCUUUCUGUAUUUUUGUUAGGGUUUCAGUUUUUGAUCUAUGGCGUCUUCUUCAUCUGGUCCAAUUGGCUUGAAAAUUGAAGCUGUAAACAGUUCCGUUGGUGGGUCAGGAACAGGAACAGGAGAAACAUCGGAAGUUGCUGCUGCUGCUGCAUCAGGAAGUGAUCAUCUAUUUGUAUACAGGGGAUUGAAGAAAGCUAAGAAAGACAGGGGAUGUACUGCAAAAGAGAGAAUCAGUAAGAUGCCUCCUUGUGCUGCAGGUAAACGCAGCUCCAUCUACCGAGGCGUUACCAGACAUAGAUGGACUGGUAGAUAUGAAGCUCAUUUAUGGGAUAAGAGUACAUGGAAUCAGAAUCAAAAUAAGAAAGGGAAACAAGUUUAUUUGGGUGCAUAUGAUGAUGAGGAGGCUGCAGCCAGAGCUUAUGAUCUUGCAGCCUUAAAAUAUUGGGGACCAGGGACACUCAUCAAUUUUCCAGUUAGUGAUUAUUCGAGAGAUCUUGAAGAGAUGAAGAAUGUCACUAGAGAAGAUUACCUUGCAUCUCUGAGAAGAAAAAGUAGCGGUUUCUCUAGAGGAAUGUCCAAAUAUCGAGGUCUUCCAAGUGGUCGGUGGGAUCCAUCGGGUGGAAGGAUGGCUGGAUCAGAUUACCUCAGCAGUUCAUACUAUCCAGCUGAUGCAUCCGGAGAAAGUGAAUAUGCUGGUGGUUUUUGUAUAGAAAGAAAGAUUGAUUUAACACCAUAUAUAAAAUGGUGGGGAUCAAGCAAAAUCAAUACAAACAGCAAAUCAACUGAGGAAACAAAACACAGCCUUUCUGAUGACAUUGGUAUGGAACUGAAAACGCUUGAAUCGUCAAUACAGCGCGCAGAACCGUACCAGAUGCCUCGUUUAGGCGUGGUUCAAGAUGUGAAAAAGAACAAAGGCUCUGCUUUGUCAGCCAUGAGUGUCUUGUCGCAAUCAGCUGCUUUCAAGAACUUGCAAGAGAAAGCCUCAAAAAUGAAAGCGGUGAGCUUAGAAAAUGAUGAGAAUGAGAAGAAGUGUAAUGUCAAUGACAAGUCGAGUUACGGAAAGGCCAUUGAGAAACAACCGUCUGAUGAGUGUCUUGGAUUUGGAUCGGAAGCAGGACGGGCAUUAACUCUUGAUAGAAGUGUUUUUCCUCUGUCUCCUCUGUUGUCUGCUAAUGCACCACUUUUGACAAAUUACAGCAGUAUUGAUCCUUUGUCUGAUUCUAUUCCUUGGACAACACUUGUUCCUGUUCUUCCUACUGGACUUCCCCAGGUUACAAAGACAGAGACCAGUACAAACUAUGGAUUUUUUCAGCAGGAACAAUGAUGACAAUUGAAGAGGAGAAGCAUUCAAUCUACUAUAUUUUAAAGAACAACCCAAAAGAGCAGACUGACGACACGCUUAAGGAUACAUAAUAUUACUUGUACCUUUUAAGUUAUGUAGCGAAAAAUUGAAAUGGUGCAGAUAUAGUAUCGCAUUUUAAAUAUAUAUUUAAAGAGAAAAAAAAGGGUUCAUUGUAGUAAACUAAUACUAGAGUUGUUUGUUGUGUUUUAACAGUGUAUUUAUCAUACAAAAACAUAGAAAAGAGAAGGGUUAAUAGGUAUGUAAAAAUGGAUAAGCAAAGAGAGGGCAUUGGAGUUGCUUCUAUAUUUAAUGGAAAGUGCUCUUUUCUGUGUUUGUUUA